UGACAAAAGCGGUAAAGUUAUUAAAGUUAUUUAUUUCCUCUUCACUGCAGCAAGCAGAAGCAGAAAGCAUAUCGAAAAUGGCGGAGAUAUUGAGUUUAGGUAUUCUCAUUGAUAUUGUUGAUGAAGAUUGGAUGAGAGAUACUCUUCCGGAUGAUGAGAUUGUCUUACCACCAAUUGCAGUUGUUCGAACUGAAGAUGCCGACGAACCCAGCGAAGAAACUCCUGCAGCUGAUGGAGAUACUUGGCAUGACCUUGCUUUGGGUAGACAGUGAUUGCAAAUUCCAGGAAAUUAUGCCCUAUUGAGCAGUGGAAUCAAGAUACGGUUAUAUUGAGAAGUUCAUUCAGACGUAGAUUAUGUGAGCUAAGGAGUACUGCUGUUUAUAACUGUGCUGGGAAAACAGCUUUUAAGUUUUAAAGUUACGGAUUAUCAUCUGACGCCCUCUUUUGUUGUAAAUAAUUAAUUCUGGCAAUGGAAUGACAAUUAUCGUGUUCUUAAAAGAGAGGUGGUUAGUCGUUUCCUUCA